AUGAGUACGGCGAGGUUUAAGAGAGGUAAUGGCCAGGCAGGAAGUCUUUCCAAUGGUUAUGCUGUGACUGCUCAGCAGUUAUUACAAGCUGCAAAAGUUGAUGACAUUGAUGCAAUGAUGGGAUUUGAGAGGUAUGUGCCGCCGCAAUAUAACGGCAGGGUAGAUCCAGACAGGCUUGAUCAAGUACCGGGUAGGACAGGGUGGCUGGUAAAUAUGCACCCAACGUUAAUAUCAGAGGAGAUUGCAUCCGGUGGUGGUUCAGAUUACAACCCUAGCGCUGCAGGUAUUGCCGGUGUAGACUUUUACUUUCUGGAUGAAGAAGGUGGUAGUUUCAAGUCAUCGAUAACAUAUGACCCUUACUUCUUUGUAACAGUUACUGAUGAUGCAAGGCUCAAUGAUGUGGAAGAGUUUUUAAAAAAGUACUUGGAAACUUGUCUGAAAGAUAUCUCAACUUUGAAGAAGGAAGACUUAAAACUCGAUAACCAUUUACUUGGUCUACAGAAAUCACUCAUCAAAUUGUCAUUUGUAAACUCUAACCAGUUAUUCGAAGCAAGAAAAUUACUGAGACCAAUAUUGGCUGAGAAUGAGAGCAAUAAACAACAAAGGAACGUGUUCAAGCACAGCAAUAUUUCUAAUGGAAAUGGUAUGCUCAGUUCCAAUGUGAAUCGAUUUGCAUCCUCCAGCGUUCAAGAUAAAAAAGAUGCCAAACAAUACAUUGAAGAUAUUAGAGAAUAUGACGUACCAUACCAUGUAAGAGUAUCGAUAGACAAAGACAUAAGGGUGGGAAAAUGGUACAAGGUUACUCACGAGGGUUUUUUUGUUUGGCCAGAUAAAGUUGCAUUUGCUGACCCAGUUGUAUUGGCAUUUGAUAUCGAAACAACUAAAGCGCCACUAAAAUUUCCUGAAGCUUCAGUAGACCAAGUCAUGAUGAUAUCAUAUAUGAUUGACGGAGAUGGUUUUCUAAUCACUAACAGAGAAAUUAUAUCUGAGGACAUUGAAGAUUUUGAGUAUACACCAAAACCCGAACUACAGGGACAUGUUACUAUUUUUAAUGAAGUGGACGAACUUGCAGUUUUGCAAAGAUUUUUUGAGCAUAUAAGAGAUGUAAGACCAACCGUGAUAUCAACAUUCAACGGUGACUUCUUUGAUUGGCCUUUUAUAGAGAAAAGAGCAUCUGUUAGAGGUCUAGAUAUGUUUGAAGAAAUUGGUUUUGCUCCAGAUUCAGAAGGAGAAUAUAAGUCAUCUUAUUGUGUUCAUAUGGAUUGUUUCCGUUGGGUAAAGCGUGAUUCGUAUUUACCUCAAGGAUCUCAAGGUUUGAAGGCUGUGACUCAAGCAAAACUUGGUUACAAUCCUAUUGAACUUGAUCCAGAAUUAAUGACCCCAUAUGCUUACGAAAGACCACAACAAUUAUCAGAAUAUUCGGUUUCUGAUGCGGUUGCAACAUACUACCUGUAUAUGAAGUAUGUGCAUCCAUUCAUCUUUUCUCUAUGUACAAUUAUUCCAUUAAAUCCAGACGAAGUUUUAAGAAAGGGUACAGGUACUCUUUGUGAAAUGUUAUUAAUGGUCCAAGCCUAUCAAGGUAACAUAUUAUUACCAAACAAGCAUACUGAUCCGCUAGAAAGAUUUUACGAUGGACACUUGCUGGAAUCAGAAACAUAUGUUGGUGGCCAUGUGGAGUCUUUAGAGGCCGGUGUAUUUAGAAGUGAUCUGGCAACAGAAUUCAAGAUUGACACAUCAGCCAUAGAUGAGCUAAUAGAAGAUCUACCUCAUGCAUUGAAAUUUGCCGUUGAAGUAGAAAAUAAAGCCAAGAUGGAAGAUGUCACAAAUUUCGAAGAAAUAAAGGAGCAAAUAAAGGAACAGCUCUUGGAACUAAAAGAAAAUAAUAAGCGACAUGAAAAACCGCUUAUUUACCAUGUUGAUGUUGCAUCGAUGUAUCCUAACAUUAUGACCACAAAUAGAUUACAACCCGAUAGUAUAAAAACUGAAAAGGAUUGUGCUAGUUGUGAUUUCAACAGGCCAGGUAAAAGUUGUGCUCGGCGGCUAAAAUGGGCAUGGAGAGGUGAAUUUUAUCCUGCUAAAUCUGAUGAAUACAAUAUGAUUAAAAGAGCUCUCCAAAAUGAAACAUUUCCUAAUAAAAAUAAGUUCUCCAAAAAGCCAUACUUAACCUUUGAUGAACUUAGUUAUUCAGAACAAGUGGCACAUAUUAAAAAACGUCUAACAGAAUAUUCCAAAAAAGUCUACCAUAGAAUAAAAGUAUCAGAAAUUGUUGAAAGAGAAGCUAUUGUUUGUCAAAGAGAAAACCCAUUUUAUGUUAAUACAGUGAAAUCGUUCCGUGACAGACGUUAUGAGUUCAAAGGUUUAGCAAAGAAAUGGAAAGGGAAAAUGUCCAGUAUUGAUAGAAAUGAUAAACAUGGGAAGGAUGAAGCUAAUAAAAUGGUUGUUUUAUAUGACUCCCUUCAAUUAGCUCAUAAAGUUAUUUUGAACUCGUUUUACGGUUAUGUCAUGAGAAAGGGUUCGCGUUGGUAUUCGAUGGAAAUGGCUGGUAUUACAUGUUUAACGGGUGCAACUAUUAUUCAGAUGGCUAGAGCGCUUGUUGAGCGUGUGGGUAGACCCUUAGAGUUAGAUACCGAUGGUAUUUGGUGUAUCUUACCAAAAUCAUUUCCUGAAAACUUUUUCCUGAAACUUGAAAAUGGCAAGAAAUUAUUUGUGUCUUAUCCAUGCUCUAUGUUAAAUUACAGGGUUCAUCAAAAGUUUACCAACCAUCAAUAUCAAGAAUUAGUAGAUCCAGUAAAACAUAAAUAUGAAACUCAUAGCGAAAAUACCAUCUUUUUUGAAGUUGAUGGUCCUUAUAAAGCUAUGAUUCUGCCAACUUCGAAGGAAGAAGGUAAAGGUAUUAAAAAAAGAUAUGCUGUUUUUAAUGAGGAUGGUUCAUUGGCUGAACUUAAAGGUUUUGAACUGAAGAGACGUGGUGAAUUGCAGUUGAUCAAAAAUUUCCAAAGUGAUAUUUUCAAAGUUUUCUUGGAUGGUAAAACCUUGGAAGAAUGCUAUGCAUCAGUUGCAGCUGUUUCGAAUAGAUGGUUAGACAUUCUUGAUAAUAAGGGUUCAAUGUUGGAGGAUGAGGAUUUAGUUUCUUUGAUUUGUGAAAACAGAAGCAUGUCAAAAUCACUCAAGGAAUAUGAAGGUCAGAAAUCUACAUCCAUCACUACUGCUAAGAGAUUGGGUGAAUUUUUGGGUGAAGAUAUGGUAAAGGAUAAGGGUUUACAAUGUAAGUACAUCAUUAGCUCAAAGCCCCAUGGUGCACCGGUUACGGAAAGAGCUAUUCCUGUGGCUAUAUUUUCAUCAGAUAUUAAUGUGAAAAGAUCAUUUUUAAGAAGAUGGACCAUGGAUCAUUCAUUAGAUAAUUUUGAUAUUCGUACAAUUUUAGAUUGGGGGUAUUAUAGAGAAAGAUUAGCGUCUGUGAUUCAAAAAAUCAUUACGAUACCUGCCGCUUUACAAAAUGUUCCCAAUCCUGUACCAAGGGUCGAGCAUCCAGAUUGGUUGAAAAGAAGGAUUGCUGUGAAAGAAGAUAAGUUUAAGCAGUCAAAACUGGAAAGAUUUUUGAGCAAAAGUUCGCAGGAGCCACAAAACAGGAGGAUAAAAGAUAUUGAGGAAUUAUUUCAUGAGGAUGACGACAUAAAAAGAAUUAAAUUGGCUAAAGUUACUUCUAGAAAUAAAAACAAAAGGAAUCGUGAUGUCCAAAAGAAUGACGAGGAAUCUUUAGUGCUUCCUGCAACAAUGCCAUCUAUGGAGGAAGAUUAUGUCUCAUGGUUGAGCUACCAGAAAAUAAAAUGGAAAAUCCAACGCAGAGAUCGUAUUCGGAGAACUCAACUAUUCGGUAAAUCAGGUGAAACAAAUUCAAGAUCAGUUUUGGGUAGCAUGAUUAGGAAGCAGGCGGAAAUGUUUGCUAAUGGGUCUUGGGAGGUUUUGCAGUAUAGAGACAAUUAUGAAGCAGGUGCAGUUGAUGCUUAUGUGAUUAUUAAUGGCAAAGUUCAAGUUUUAAAGAUAUAUGUUCCUAGAACACUUUAUAUUAACUUCAAAACUGACUCCGUUCCUCUAAAAAAAAUUAAAAAUUGUGAAGUUGAGAGAUCUAAUGCGAUUUUGCCAAACGACGCACGUAUAAACAACGAUUCAGCCAGUCCGCUGUUUAAACUAACUCUAUCGGAACAAGUAUAUCUAGAUGAAUUAGAGGAUAGCGGUAGUGUUUUGAAUGAUGAGAGUGUUUUGGGUAUUUAUGAAUCACAUAUUAGUCCUGCCCAGAAAGCGUUAAUGGAUUUAGGGACAACAAUCUCAUUCAAAUCUAAAAAGGUUGGUAGCCUAGGUAAGAGUUUACAAGAUGGUUUUCAUUUGAAGGAUCUCACAAGUGUUGGAAAUGACAGAUAUUUAUCACAUUUUGACUUGAAUGUGUGUUAUUUAUUGCAUAUCGAUACUAAUAUUGACUAUGAAUUCUUUGUAAUUUUCAGGUCGUGGGAGAAUAAACUAAGCAUAUUUGUAAAGAAGCCGUCAAAUAACGCACAAGAGUUACUAGAAAGUACUAUUAUUGGUAUUUUUAAGGAGCAAUACCAUAAGAGGAAGGAUAGAAUUACCAAAUUUAACAAGUAUAUCAACUUAUCUGAUAAUGUGGAUAUGAAUAGCAAUCAUUACACUGACAAAAAGAAAUUAUUCAAAGCAAUUAAUCAAGAAUUUGCUAUGAUAAAGGAACAGAAGGGACAACAGGUUCUCCUUUUGAUGCAAAGUCCUUUCCCCAGUUUAAUCAAGAAGAAUAUUAGAUACUCCACUCAAAUCCCUAUUAUUGAAUUGUCUAUGAAUAUUUUAGCAUUACCACAAUUAAAUUGGCAAAAUGUGAUGAUCAAUAAACUGUGCUCUUAUAUUAUCUCCACAAGUUAUUGGGUCUCUCAUUUGGUUUCACUGUCACAACAUAGCAAUGUUCCAAUAUGUAACAUAAACUUAGAAAAGAUGGACUUUGUUAUUGAUGUCAUUUAUGCGAGAAGACUGAAAUUGGAUAAUAUCAUAUUGUGGUGGAAUGAGCAAUCACCAUUACCUGAUCACGGUGGUAUGGAAAAUGAUUUUGAUCAAAAUACCUCCUGGAUCAUGAAUGAUCUUGAUUUUCCCAACAUCAAUGUGCCAGAUGUUUAUGAUAAUGUUGUUCUUGAAGUGUCAAUUGAGAAUUUAGUCGUUAAUACGAUUUUAUGCUCCACACUCAUAAAUGAGGCCGAAGGUAGCGAUUUGGUAGACAUGAAUACUGUAGACGUUUCGGAUAAGCCAGUUGGAAAUAAUCAAGGAAUUGUCCAAGACUCAUUUUCCCAUGAUGCCCUGGCGGUCUUGAAGUCGUUGCUGAAAGAAUGGUGGGAUAGAGCACUUGAAAAAAAUAUCACUGCAGAUUUAUUAGUCAAUUCUUUGGUAAGCUGGGUUUACAGCACUGAUUCAAAACUGUUCGAUGGUUCGUUAAGAUAUCACAUUCAUAACUUGACAAAAAAGUCACUCUUUCAAUUGAUGAAUGAGUUUAAUGAGCUUGGCUCAUUUAUAGUGUCUGCCGAUAGGAACCGGCUAUUAAUUAAGACCAACAAAAUAUCACCAGAAACUUGUUAUGCCUAUAGCCACUACAUGAUCAAAUCCAUCAGAUCUAAUCCAAUGUUUACCUAUCUUGAUCUAAACAUUGAACGCUACUGGGACCUACUUAUAUGGAUGGAUAAAUAUAACUUUAGUGGCUUGUCAUGUUCCCAAAUAGAGGAACGUGAAAAGCAAGAUUAUACGGCUUAUUCUAAUUGGCAAAUCAAGUAUUACUUACCUAGAAUCUAUCAAUCAGAAUUUGAAGAUUGGGCCAUGAUUAUUUUGGAUAGUAUGGUGAAAACUAAAAGAGCAUUUUUAGAAUCAUCAUAUGGAACUCAAAGGGCAACUCAAAUAGUGACUGGUUUGACACCUCAAUCAGAUACAGAAGAUAUUUCUCCACUAUCAUCGUUUUCAAAGGAAAUUGGUAAACCUUUACUUCAAAGAGUCAACAAACUAUUCCGCAACCAGCGUGAAUUUAUUUUGGAUCCCGGAUUUUCAGAAGACUAUGCAUUUCCUAUUCUUCCUGGCUCCCAUAUAAAAAUGGAUGAUCCUCUUCUGGAAUUUAUAAAGAGUUUAUUCCAAAUACUAUUGUUAUCAAAGAGUACUACAUUAGAGGUUAGGCAACUAAGAAAAGAAGUUUUGAAAUUUUUAGAGAUCCGAGAGUUUGCAAAAGAGGCUGAAUUCCAAAACCCGUCCGAUUCUUUGGUAAUCAAUGGUAUAUUGUGUGAGUAUUGCUCCUAUGUGUCUGACCUGGAUCUAUGUCGUGAUGGACUUGACGGUAAAUUUCAAUGCCCUAGAUGUGAUAAGAGUAUUAAUGAUUCUUUAUUGCAAGAGCAUAUGAUUCAGAACUUAGCCAUUGAAUAUCAGACAUAUAUCACUCAGGAUUUAAGGUGUGAAAAGUGUCAUACAGUAAAACGCGAUUUGAUGAGCACCAAUUGUAACUGCUCAGGUAAUUGGGUAUGUACGACUAAACCAGAAAAACUAAGCAACAUUGUUAAAAUUUACAAACAAGUCGCAGAGUUUUAUAACUACAGUCUUGUGAAAAAUGCUUUAGAGUCGCUAUAUUGA